AGUACACUUAGUUCCUAAAUAUAAUUCGCAUUUACUGUACACUUAACAAUACUAAAAUUAAUUUACAUCUCUCAAAUAAAAAAAGUGUUUGCACAUAAUAAUAAAAGUCUGUUUAAUAAAGUCAACUAGUAAUUAUCAUGUUGAUCAAACUUUAAAACAACCAAAUGAAAGUAAAACUAUAAACUCUGAAUUUUUUUUUAAUACUAUUUCUGCUAUUCUGUUAAUAAAUGAAUUUACUUUCGUCCCAUCAGUCAAAUCCUACCUAGAGCAUCGGUUUUGUGAACCAUUUCAUUUCCAACCGAUUCAUUUAAAAGAUCCGAUUCAAAAGAACAAACCAUUUGCGAAUCGAACAUAGCCAGUGUUUGGAAAGAGGCGGGACAGAGUGAGAGAUAGUGUGAUUGCUAUGGAGACUGGUAAACUGUACUGAGCAGGAAGACCAAAACCAUCAAUAUCGGAUCAGUAAACAUUUAAUGGUUUGGUUAUGACUUCUAACAUGACUAUUUCUGGUUGACAUUACUACACAUGUGAAAGAUGCAACAAGCUCCCAGAACAAAAAUGCAGACCAAACUGAGUACCUGGACACCUCUAAAUCAUCAGCUCUCCAAUGCUCAUGUUUUUGAAGAGAGAAGAAAUUUGCUUGGAAAGUGGUUUGAAAAGUGGACAGAUAGCCAGCGGAAACAGGUGCUACAAGACUGGUUCUCCAGAUGCUCUGCUAGCCAGCUGAAACAUCUCAGACAGACUCUGAGCAGCUGGGUGCCAGAGGAGUCCCUUGACUUCACUAGGGUCCUUCCCAGGGUCAUAUCGCUCUAUAUAUUUUCAUUUCUUGACCCCCGAAGCCUCUGUAGAUGUGCUCAGGUAAGCUGGCAUUGGAAAAUCCUAGUUGAGCUUGACCAGCUGUGGAUGGCUAAAUGUCUGAAACUAGGCUGGUGCAUAACCUUUCCUCCAACACCAUUUGUACAAGGUGUAUGGAAGAGACAUUACAUAGAGACUGUGCAGGAGCUUCACAUUAGCAGGCCCAAGGCGCCUGUGAAGGAAGAGUUUAUUAUCCCUGAGGUGAAAGUAAUUGGCAGUAAGAUAGUGGGGUCACUUCCUGUGACCGGUCACUGGGAGUUGAAGUCUGUCCUCUCCAGUGUCCAUGGGAAGAGUAAAGAUGGGAAUGGCUUGGUGAAAUCAGCCAAAGGUCUUCCGCCGUGGAGAGACUCAGACAGGCAUCCCACUGACACUGUACGCUUUAACUACUUGGAUAACCUUGACCCAGUUGAGCAUGCAAGGCCAGCACUGAUAAAGGGAAAAAGUGCUACAAUAAGACAGGAAAACACUAUGAAAGCACCAUCUCGCUCAACAUACAAGCUGCGCAAGGCCAAAUCUUUGAUGUUUUUAUCCUUGGAUCUCAGUGCAGCUGGAAAGCAAAACAACAGGCCACAAUGGGCAGCACAGAGCUUAGAAGCACUUCCGGCUAACAAGGACUCCAUAAAGAGACUUUCCCAGACCUCCCAAUGGAAUGCAGGGAUACGUCCUGGUCCUGUAAGGCCUCCAGUGCCCAGACUGAGUAAGGAGGGGCUCCGUGCAUCACAGAGAUCCCAUAGAAGCACACCAACCGUGUCUCUUUUCGAAGGACAGCCAUGAAGGAGAACAUAUGAAGAAUCAAAAGAAGCUUGGCACAUAAGGCCAUCUACUGGAUAAUGUUGUGAUAGCUACAUGAACGACAUGAAGUUAUUCAUACAAAGUUAAUUUAUUAUCAUGUCUUUAAUUUAAAAUGAUGUCAUAACUUUAUGUUGAAAGACAAAGCACAAUACAUCAUUUUUUUAUAUGAAUAUUUUUUUCUUCCUUGAAUCCCUCAGAUGUGUUAUUGUCCACUAGAUGUCCCUGUCUGAUCAGAAUGUGUGAGUGAGCAAAUGGUUGAAAUGUUUUUUAUUGUUUACCAUCUUGCUCUCUCUGUAUUCUCAUAUAUGACCCGUGUAUGAGUUUUAAACUGAUUGUUGUAUUUACAAAGGAAAAUAAAAACAGAACAAAUAUGUUAAAUAAUUAUAGAAUAUUUAACUCAGAUUAAAAUAUAUGAAACUGAUAAAACUGUACUCAUUUGGCUGAUUUUUUUAAUAUAUAUAUUUAAAAUUAAUUAAUGGUUAUUUGCAUAAAAACUUUAUUUUCAACUCGUAUCGGCCAACACCUUUAAUUAGAUAAAGCCUUACACAGAAAUGUGUGCAUACACAAUUACACUCUCGUUCAUUAACUGACCAGACAAAAAUGACCAUUAUAUAUUUAUUUUUCUACUAUUAUAUCAAAACAGUUUUGUCUGAGUAAUAAAUCUCGGUUGUGAUAAAUAGAAAGGAAUUUUUUUUUAAGUAUUAAAAUCCUGCCUGUGCAUGAACCAUAGACUGUGAACGCUAUUGAAACAGGACUUUUAUUAUGAAGACGUGCCUCUGAGUUGGCCAUUUUGAACCGGAGCGCCUGUUGCUGUGUUCACGCGGCUGGCUCUGUGGCUGUAAUAUUCAGUACAGUUGGCUCACUGCAGCUGAAGUAGGAAAGUGAAGGUGGAGCUCUCCGGGUGUAGAGUCGGUAGAGCUGACAGAAGUGAAAUCCCUUGAAAAACUGUAUUUGCGGAAAUUACUGAAUCAAGGACAAGUGGAUGAUCUAAAAGGAAGCAUACGUUCUCCUCCAGAAAAG